UCAUGCAGAACAGUUUUACUUUCUUGCCUUAGGACCCUGAAUUCUCUAAGCUUUAAGAAAGUACCUAACAAGAGGUAAAAAGACAAGAAAAACAACAAACUACUCAUCUCCACCCAGCCUGUCCUCAAUAAUGUACCCACAGUUUGUAGAUCCAAAGAGCAGACACGCAGGGAUAAUAUUUGGAAUAUGUGACAUUCUUCUUCUUAUUUGUGGAGAAAUAUACCAUCCUGAAGACUUUGCCAGGAAGUCUGCCUCUUCUCAUUACUUUCUUAGUGAGCAUGGAAAUAGUAAGUCACUCAUUCCCAAGAUGCCAUUACCAGCAGCAGCUGCUUUCUCGAAGGCCGUCAUGCUUCAUGAGGGAGCCAGUAUCCUGUUUAAAGAUGGCCACCGAUUACAUAAAGAGUUUUUAACCUGCAGUGAAGCAGAACAAAAAUGUUCAUAUGCAGAGAAUAGAACCUCCCAUUGUUCAUUGUGGCCGAUACCUCUGCACUCAGAAGCUGCCAGGCACAGCUCUGUUCACUUAACACGUAUUAAGCCACUCAGAUCAGCUCUUCUGACUGCACAAGAUGUUUGGAAUUUUUUGCGAUAUUCUUUGAUGGUGUCAAGGUCUGAGUCUACACUGACACAGAUGAGGGGAAAUUGGAGCUUAUGUCUUAAUUAUGCAGGAAAGCAGUCAGAAGAUUAUUCCGAGACCAAGGAGAAUGUCAGAGAGAGAAAAAAAAAAAAUCCAUACAGUUAAGAAAAAGAAAAAUGAUACCCUUCAAUUCUGACAGGGGCAGGACAGAUUUAUUCACAGAAUCCUUAGCCUACGAGUAAAAGAAAGAAUUAA